AAAAGACAACUCGUUUUGGCAGUCGCUUAGUCUUCAGGCAGAGACACACACGUUGCUCUUUAGGAUUUAUUACCGAGCACAACUUGGAACAGGCACUCAAAUAUCAGAGUAGCCACAGUGUUGCUUGAAAGGAGCACAGCUGAGAGCACUGAGGACUGUGAGCAGAGCCUUCUGAUCCAAAAUAUUCCAAGAUGAAGGUGAUGAAGUCGAAAGUGACAGAUCAAUCUGCCGAAGGGCAGAAGGUGGAAGGUGCUGGGGGUGCUAUGGAAAAUCCCCACCACAAAAAAGUCAAGAAAUUCAGAUCAAAAGUCCCCGGAGUUAUGAUCACGCAGUAUGUGGAGGAAAUACCAGAGGGGAAAAGCCACCCUGACUUCACACGGAAGCCCAUCGCGUUAACUAUUCAGGAGGGCAAGUUCGGGGUGUUCAAAGCCAUUGUGUAUGGUGAACCUACACCCAACGUGACAUGGAACCGAGCAAAUGGAAAGAUAGACGAUCCAGUGAAGUUCCAGAGCAAGUACGACGAGGCAUCUGGUGAACACACCCUAGAGAUCCCCAAAGUAUGUGCAGAAGAUGCCGACACCUACAAAUGCUUUGCAACAAAUGAGUAUGGAAAGGCUGUUUGCACUAUCCAGCUGAAUGUCAUUGAAGUUGGAUUCAAAAAGACGAAGGAAUUAGCCAAGUCCAAAGAAGAACAAGAAGCACUCAAACCUGGGUCUCUUAGAACAAUGUUGAAGAAGCGCAGGGGAGAUGUCCAUGAGCAAAAGCCACUCGAAUCUGAAGAGAAAGUUUGGGAGAUCCUGAUGAGUGCCGACAAGAAAGAUUAUGAAAAAAUCUGUGCUGAGUACGGCAUCACUAAUUUUCGUGGGAUGCUGACAAAACUGGCUGAAAUGAAAAAGGAGAGAGAGAUUGAACAGGCACAGUUUAUUGAACAUAUCAGUUCGCUCAAACACAUCGAAGUCAAUGCUGAUGAAAAUGCAACGUUUGAAAUUGACAUGGAUCUUAAAGAUGCCAGCAGCAGAAUUUUCCUCUACAAGGAUGGUGUUAUGGUUCCUUACACCCUUGAGAUGGAAGAAGAAAUGAAGCACCAACUGAAACGAGUUGGCAAAAAAUUCAUUUUCACGAUCAAAAAUCUAGACCCGGAAGAUGCUGGUCUCUAUUCAGUGGAUGUAGAGGGAGUUAAUAUCUUCUCUACGGAUUUCAAAAUUCCACCUGUAAAUUUUGCGGUCAAAAUUCAGGAGGUGAAGGCAGAAGAAAGACAAGAUGCCAUCUUUCAGUGUGUCUUAACGGCACCUAUGGCUGAGAUUAAUUGGAUGGGCAAGAGUGCCCCGAUAGAAAAUGAUGACAAAUUUGAAAUCACAGUGUCUGAAGACAAGCUCAUCCACAAGUUGUUAGUGAAGGAUUGUCAGCCUUUGGACGCUGGUAUCUACGCAGCUGUGGCAGGUAUCCAUUCCUGCAAUGCCUGGCUUGUGGUGGAAGUUGACAAGAACCCUGCGAACAAAGGCAAGAAGAUAGCUCGCAAAACAACCCAGGCUGGAGGAGGUGAUUUGGAUCUGGAGAAAAUAGCAAAGGAGCAGGCGGAAAAACACAAGAAAGACAUGGAAGAGAGGUUGGCGGAAGCAAAGAUAAAGGCUGCCGAGAGAGGCGUCACUGAAGCAGCCACCCAGGCUGAGAAAGAGGCCGCUGAUGCAGCCGCCAAAGCCGCCAGAGAGGCAGCAAGGGCUGCGGAAGCUAAGGCUAAGGCUAAGGCAGAGAAAAAAGCUGCUAAAUUAAAAGAUGCUAAGGAGAAAGCAAAGGCAAAGAAGAAAGCCUCAGGUGGUGGAGCUGCAGGAGGUGGGGCUGCAGGUGCAGGAGCUGCAGGUGCUGGGGCUGCAGGUGGUGGGGCUGCAGGUGGUGGGGCUGCAGGUGUUGGGGCUGCAGGUGGUGGUGCUGCAGGUGGUGGAGCUGCAGGGGCUGAGGGAGAUGCUGGAUCUGGAUCGGAAUACGAUGACAUAGUAGUAAGCACAGAUGAGUCUGAUGAGGAAGAUGGAGCCACAAAAACAAAGCGUGUGAGAAGCGGCCAAGUUGUUCCAGACACAUUCAUAGAUGAUGAUGAGGAAGCUUCAAGUGAGCAAUCGGGGAAACGUGGGAAACGCACAAGGCAAGGCCCACUGCUCAAGGAAGAGAUUGUUGGAAAGACAAAUAGUAAUGGCACAGCCAAAGAUGCCAAAGUCCAAAAAAGAAAGGCAAAGAGCGGAGGUGGUUCUGGUGCUGCCGGGCCAGCAAGCGGUGGUGCGUCUGCCAACAAUGGUGAGGCUGCAAGUGGCGAUGAGGCUUCAAGUGCCGAUGAGGCCAACGAGCCAGCAGAAGCUGCUAAGCGUGGCAAGCGCACAGGCCGCACAAGGCCAGGCCCAAUUCUUCAGGAGACGGUCAUUGACCCUGGCGUUCACUUCAACCUUGGGCUUUCUGACGUCACCGCCAUAGUGGGAGACCCAGCCGAACUUGUCUGUAAGCUGAGCAAGGAAAAUGUCGAUGGGGUAUGGUACCUGAAUGGAGAGGAGAUUCAACCCGAUGAUGUUCUUACCAUGUCUAAAGAUGGAUUCUUCCAAUCCCUGAAAAUCAGCAAAAUCUCAGAGGACUAUGCUGGAAAAUACAAAUUUGAGGCAGAUGGGCGUAAAACAGAGGCCAUGAUUGUUGUUGAAGAUCCACCUAGAUUCGACACAGAGGAAUUGAAAAAGUUUACUGUCCCAAUCGUUACUAAAAAAGGUCAAAAGGCCACUUUCAAGAUACCAUUUGUGGGUCGGGAACCAAUGAAGAUCCAAUGGUACCAUGACGGCGAGGAGCUUUCAGACGACACAAACAUCAAGAUAGAGCAUGGAGAGGGUUAUAGUCAAAUAACUCUUAACAAGUUACAGCGCAAAGACACUGGAGAAAUCAAGUUCAAACUCAAAAAUGAGUUUGGAACUGCUGAGGCCUUUGCGAAGAUCAUUGUAACUGACAAGCCCACCCCUCCCUUGGGACCUCUGGAGAUUAUUGAAGCCUCUCAAAAUGCCAUUGAGGUGAAGUGGAGGUCCCCAAAGGAUGAUGGUGGCUGUAAGAUACUAAACUACAUCCUGGAACGUCAACAGAUAGGCCGCAACACCUGGAAGAAGCUGGGUCCGAUCGGUCCAGAGGCCCACUACAAGGACAGUGAUGUGGACCAUGGCAGGAGGUACUGUUACAAAAUCAGGGCCGACACUGAGAUGGGCAGCAGUGAGUUGAUGGAGACAGAGGAUGUCCAGGCUGGCACAAAAGCAUACGCUGGACCCCCUUCUGCACCCAAAGUGGUCAGUGCCUUCAAGGACUGUAUCACUCUGACAUGGAAUCCCCCUUCCAACACUGGAGGAACCAACAUUCUGGGAUAUAACAUGGAGAAACGCAAGAAGGGAAGCAAUCUUUGGAGCCCUGUCAAUCCUGCAGAUGAUAAGAUUAAAGAGAAGGAGUUUGGUGUGAAGGACGUGAUAGAGGGUAUGGAAUACGAAUUCCGUGUGGCAGCUAUCAACAACUCUGGAGCUGGUGAAUUUGGCACUCCGUCUGAGUUUGUGUUUGCCAGGGAUCCAAAAAAGCCCCCCGGUAAUGUAAUUGACCUGAAGGUGACAGACUCCACCUACACCACCUUGUCCCUGGGUUGGACUAAACCAAGGGAGAAAGCGGGGGUUGAGGAUGAAGCCAAGGGAUUCUUCGUGGAGAUUAGACCAGCAGAAAGUCCAGAGUGGGACCGCUGUAACAAUAACCCCAGCACCAUGACCUCCUUCACAGUGAAAGGCAUGAAGUCAAUGGCCAUGUACUGGGUGAGAGUGAUCGCCACCAAUGACGGGGGAGAAGGGGAGCCGCAAGAGCUGGACAACUACAUCCUGGCUAUGCCUCCCCCUGUCAGGCCUAGAUUCACUGAUCAAAAAGUCAAGAGUUUCAUGGUGGUACAAGCAGGGAAUUCUGCACGAUUCAACAUGAACUUUGAGGCCUCCCCUUGGCCAGAUGUUACCUGGAUGAAGGAUGGCAUGCCUGUGUCCAAACGGGUUACCAUCAGUAAUGCUGAAGGGGCAUCCCAACUUUUGAUUCCUUCUUCAGAGCGCUCAGAUACAGGAAUCUAUACCAUUAUGGUCAAGAAUAUCGUUGGCCAGGAGACAUUCAGCAUUGAGAUCAGAGUUACAGACGAGCCCAAACCUCCAGGUCCUGUGGAGGUAGAUGAGAACGUACCGGGCACAGUUACCAUCUCCUGGUCACCAUCUCCUGAUGAGAAGAGGGACGACAGGCUGCACUAUCUGGUGUCGAAACGUGACUCAAGCAAGAGAACGUGGCACACAGUGGCAGACCACAUCUUUAACAACAAGUUCACAGCCUGUAACAUCAUGCCUGGCAGAGAGUACCAGUUUCGUGUCUAUGCCAAGAAUGACAUGGGCUCUUCUCAACCCUCAGAAUCACCAAAGUGGGAAAUCACAGGCAAAAAAGAAAGGUUUGUGCUGGACAGGCCAGAGACUAAGACCUGCAACCUAGAGCGUCCUCCCAAGUUCCUUGUCCCUUUGAAAAUGCACACCGCACCACAAGGUUAUGAGUGCUACAUGAGCUGUGCUGUCAGAGGGGACCCAACACCCCAUGUCACAUGGUACCGUAAUAAUAUCAGCCUCAACACCAACACCAACUACCUAAUCUCCAACACCUGUGGGGUCUGCUCCAUGCUCAUACUGAGGGUUGGACCCAAGGACACUGGAGAGUACAAAAUCAUCGCAGAGAACAACCUGGGCAGGGCAGAGUGUUCCACUAAGCUCACUGUCUCAGAUUAGAUUGGCAUUAAAAAGAAGAUACAUCAUGCCCUUGUUUUUUUUCUCAAAUAGCCUAAAGGAAAACUCCAUCCAAAAAUGAUUUGUUGGUAUUUGUUUCAUUAGCCCAUUGUUGACAUAGUCCCACAUUAUUUUGCUUAUCAACAAUCAGGUUUUCAAGAUAUUCAACUUUCAAAAUACAGAUAUCAUCCUCCGUAUGAUUAAUUUUGUAUCAUAUGAUGCUGCUUUUCGUAUCUCAUGAUGCAACAUGCAUCAUACAGGGUUGAUUUCUGUAUUUUGAAUGUGACAUAUCUUGAAAAUUUGAUUGCUGACAACAAAAAUAGUUUAGGACUAUGUCAACAAUGGACAAAUGAAACAAAUACCAAAACAUAGUUUUGGGGUGGAAUUUUCCUUUCACAGAAGUCCUCUGUUGUUUUUCAGUUCUGUGUAGAAAUUACAUUGUGUAUAUUUUUAAGUUCAGCGUUCCCUGUACCACAUUUAACAUUAGACUAUUCUACAUUCUGGGUGCUGCAUAUGUUUGAAGAUCUCAGGUUGAGUACAAUACAAUGCAUCACUCUUUGUAUUAAGGCAUUAUGUAACGUAACAACAGUGUUCAAUAAUCAAAAGCAGCCUAAAAGCAAGUCAUGAAUAGUGUUGUGUUUGUGGGUUUUUUUCUUCUCAAAGUGCAAUAUUGGUAUAGGAAAGAUGAUUGGAAAUUGAAAUGAUGCAUGUUGCUCUUGUUUUCAGUGGCUUUUGAGUCAAAUUGAUUUAGAAAAUGAACAGUAAAAACAAGCAGAGAGAGAGAGAUCAAGGUUUACUGGCGUAAACAUUCAAAUGAGAACUGCAAAUGCGUGGCUGUGUUUCAUUAACUUCAAAGGUACUUACUAAUUUGUGAAAUGUGUUUUGCUGUGAAAUGUGAAAUGUGUUUUGCUGAAUUGCCCAUUUUUUCUUUGAAAACUAGAAUCAAUAUUUGUUGUCUAUAGUGUUUGUUUUUGUUUUCCUCUUUCAUUUCCAUUAGGCUAUUUUUAAUUAUUAAACUAAAUGUAAAAUGUUUAAUAUAAUAGAACUUAAUCAAUCUACUAGCUUCAACUAAUCACAAUGUAGAAGUAAAACAUAUAAUGGAUCUGAAUGGUGUGUUGUAAAAGAGAUAUUUUUAUGUUGGCUACACUAUGUACAAGAGCUUGGUGUAAAUACAUAUUUCAAGCUCAUAUGAUGUAGGAAGUUUGAAUUCUAAAUGUUUGAACAGGAGAGUCAAUAAAAAUCAGUGAUUAUUAGUUUAA